UAUGCUAUUUUGACUCCUGUCCGUAAGUGCAGCGCUCAUCCACGGCCUUUCCCUGGAGCUUUCGCGGCUGAGCGGUUACGAGGAGAUGAAGUGCACCGUGCGAGAUGUGUUCCCGCCGCCCCGGGUCACCUGGGCCACGGAGCCGCCCACUUUCGAGGACCUGCGGCCAAUCACCCGCAUGCUGGCUGACAAGCGUGGUCUGUACACGGCCGACAGCAGACUGAAGGUUCUAAAAGGCCAGCCGGACCUUAUCUACAUUUGCAAAGUCACCACCUCCUACGGGGGGCCCACGUGGACGUCGUCAUUGCGGGAGAGGACAAUAACAGGAAAUGAGGGUCGGGAUUUGACCAUCCCGUGUUUCGCCCCGCCGUACCUGAACAGCCCCAUCCUCCACUGGAGCUUCUCCAAGGGCGAGGACCCGGCGCACAUCCUGACCUAUGACAGCCGCUCGGGGCACAGCACCGCGGCGCCCGCCUGGGAGCACCACGUAGAACUGGACGGCUUCAGGGUCCCGUUCGGAGACGGCUCGCUGCGGCUGAUGGACCCCGAGCACACCCGACACCAGGGAACAUACAGCUGCAUCUUCUCCAUGCCGUACAACACGCACACGGAGCGCUCCGACGUCGCCAUCAACUUCCCCACUGGUGAGCAGAAGGUUACAUCAACAUCAUGUUUGCAGUCUGCUUGA